CUGACAUUCGUGUUUUUGCAACUUUUUCUGACAGUUGAACAAUUUUCGAUCCUCAACUAUCGGAAUGAAACAGUGGAAACGUUGCGUUCACGACUGAUUUAUCAAAGCAAGAAACGUGGAAUUUUAGAAAAUGAUAUUCUUAUUGGAGGUUUUGCUGAAAUAAAUUCGCUAAAAAAUUUAAAUUAUUCACAGCUUAUCGAAUAUGAUAAAAUAAUAAAUGGCGAACAUAAUGAAUGGGAUUUAUAUUACUAUUUAUCUGGAAGAAAAGAAUUGCCGGCUGAUUUGAAAAAUUCUGAAGUUUUUAAAAUAAUUAUCGACUUUGUAAAUGAAAAAAAACGAAGAAGUUUCGAUAAAAAGAAAAAAAUAUUCGUUUAA